GCGCUACUGAGCAGACUCAAUCUAGUUAGCCAUGGCGGCGACAGGAGGAGGGAAAAUCAGAUCAAGAAGAUAUCAUAUCGCUUCAAAACCAUACGCCAAAGGCAAACAGCAACAGCCUGGUCUCAUCAGUCGAGUGACGGAUACAGUGAAGAGCAUAGUCCCCUCCUGGCUGCAGAAAUACUUCAGAAAUGGUGAAGUCGCUGAGGGUGAAACCACUCCAGUUGGUCUGGAACGAAACAACGUGGCUCCUCCCCCAAAUGGCAAUGAAGACACCACCCCGCUCCCAGAUGGACGAGACUCUCCAGAGCCAAGCACAAGUCACAUGGAACCAUCUACAAGCAGAGCAUCACUGAAUUUCCAGGAUGCUCUUUCAAGACCUCCAAUAAAUCGAACCCACCUACACUUUGCCUCUCUGGAUGGCUCUCCUGCAUUAGGGGCUGGCACCAACUCCCUCUUCUCCCAGCCCUCCACAUCUACAGCACACUUCUCGGCCAGCCCUUUCGCUCUCAGCUCCAACUUCUCCCUUGUGAAAGAGAUAAAGGAUUCAAGCUCUCAACAUGAGGAUGAUAACAUCUCGACCACCAGUGGUUUUUCGUCACGAGCAUCUGAUAAAGAUGUGCCUACAUCAAAGGCUGUGCCGCUACUCUGGUCUCCGGAGACUGAGCGGACUCAGUCUGGAUCGCAUCCAUCGCACUCUGGAGUCAAGAAACCAGCGUUCAACCUGUCUGUCUUUGGCACUACCUCAUCAUCAGUGUUGAACAGUUCAGUACUGAACUCUAGUCAGUUGGGGAACUCACCCUUUUACCCGGGAAAAACCACAUAUGGAGGAGCUGCUGCCAUAAGAUCAGCUCGUUCACGCCCUGCUACUCCUUACCAGCCUCCGGUCAGGAGACAGAUAAAGGCAAAGCCAGCUGGGACUCAACUGUGUGGAGUGACCAGUGCAACAGCCAGACGCAUCCUGCAGUCUUUGGAGCGCAUGUCUAGCCCGCUUGCCGAUGCAAAAAGAAUUCCAUCUACAAUUUCAUCACCUUUGUCAGCAUCAUUGAAUCACACAGACCUUGACAUUUCAAAUUUCCAAGCAAAGAGAAAAAGGCUGGAACCUUCAGUCCCACCUGUUCAAAAGCUGGUUGUUCCAACAGCUGCUGCAGUGUCUGGUAACCGCUCAAUGUCAUUUAGACCAUCACUCACCCCUGGUGGACUGAACCGAGUCCUUGACAAAACCAACAGAGAAACUCCUGUUAGACAAUCCCCACCAGUUUCAGAGUCCUCUAAGGCUCCUCUUCCCAGCACAAGCAGUUUGUCGUACCCAUUGUCCAGCACCCCAACAACUAGCAACACUGGUUCAGGAGGGGGCAAAAUGAAGAGAGAAAGGGCCAUAAGACCUUCCUCCAAACGACCUGAUGAUGAGGUUGCCGAGGAGCUGGACUUGCCGCCUGCCUCUCUCCCGAGCAAUUUCACUUUGCCCAAAUUUAAUUUCUCUUCUCCUCCUCCUACCUCCUCGCUGAGCUCCAGCACAACCCCACUUACAACUGUCUCUGAAGAACGUACCGAAAAGAAGGUGCCAUCUGUACCAUCCACACCACCGUCUGUCCCCUUCACAUUUUCUUCACCUAUCGUCAAGGCAACUGCCGCCAGCCCUCCAGCUUUCUCUCCAUCGUCUGGAUUCACCUUCAGCGCACCUACUAUGAAAACAAGCUUGUCUUACUCCAACGGGAAAAUCACCACAAUAGCGGAAUCAGUAAAAUCAGCUGGCAGUGAAGAGAAUGAGUUUGAAGGACCAUUCAAACCAGCGAAAGUCUUAAAACAGGGCAGUGUACUGGAUAUACUUAAGGGACCUGGAUUUGUGUCCUCUGGUCAGAGUUUAGCUGACAGACCCUCACAGACUUCAUCAUUGACCCAGAGUACACCCUCAGCUCCUGUUUCUGGUUUUGGUGACAAGUUUAGGCCGCCUGCUGGGUCAUGGAGCUGUGGCACUUGCCUCUUGCAAAACAAGUCCUCAGACAAAAAAUGUGUGGCUUGUCUCGCACCACAACCAAACACAGACUCUGCCUCUAAAUCGGACAGUAAACCUGCACCGAGCACGGGAAGCCUCAGUUCCCUCUUUGCCCCUCCGGCCGGUAGCUGGGAAUGCGACACGUGUUUGGUCAUGAACAAACCAGAAGUUGUUAAAUGCGUAGCUUGUGACACGGCCAAACCUGGGACUGGAGUAAAAUCCAGCUUGAUUUUACCGCCUCUGGCCAAGGCCUCAUCUGACCUCUCUUCUGCUUCCUCUGCUUCUACAACCACCACCACCACUUCUUCUACAGGGAUGGGACUGUUAGGAUUUGGAGACAAAUUUAAGAAGCCAGAGGGAUCUUGGGACUGUGAUAUGUGCAUGGUUCAAAACAAUUCGCAGGAUGUAAAAUGUGUAGCAUGUCAGAGCGCUAAACCAGGAGCUGCUGUAGUCUCGUCUGCACCAGCAAGCACUCCUGCACCUUUGUUAGGAUUCGGCAAUAAGUUCAAGAAACCUGAAGGGAGCUGGGAGUGUGAGAUGUGCUGUGUUCAGAAUAAGGCAGAGGACCAGAAGUGUGUGGCCUGCCAGUCAACAAAACCAGGAGCUAAAAUAGAGUCCAAAGGUUUUAGUUCAUCUUUCGGAGUUCAGUCCAACAUAACAGACUCUAGCUCAUCCGGUUUCAAGUUUGGCACUGGCUCUGCAGACUCGACAUCUGCUGGACUGAAGUUUGGGGGAACUUUCUCAGAUUCUUCCUCCUCCACGGGUGGAAUAAAAUUUGGAUUUGGCUCAUCUAACUCCACCUCAAAUGGAGGGGGCUUCAAAUUUGGAGGCUCUUUCUCAGAAGCCGGUUCGGGUGGAAUCAAACUAGGUAGCACCUCGUUAGAAUCCACGACAAACACAAGCUCAUCAGGCGGCUUUAAGUUCGGUAGUGCUUUGACGACAACUGCAUCUACGAGUGAUGAGAAAAAGACUGAAUCUCAGGAUUCGAGUACAGGAUUUAAAUUUGGUGGUGGAAGCAUUUUAGGCUCUCAAGCUGCUAGUUCUGAAAACUCUACCUUGUCAUUUGGAGCUAAACCUACAGAGAAGGGAAGUUCCAGUUCACCGUUUACAUUCUCAGUGCCCCAGUCCAAGGCUGAGAAAGAUGAUGCUCCUGCUUCCUCACAAACCAUUUCAACUACCACAACAUCAGCAGCAAACACCAUCCCCUUGUUUGGCAAACCACUGGUAGCUGAAUCUUUACCAGCUGCCCCUAAAUUCGGGGAGAUUGCAACAAAAGAAUCAAUACAGGUGACUUCUACUUUCAGUUUUGCAAAACCAGAAGAGAAGGAUACUUCUGCGCCCUCUGGUGGAUUGGUAUUCGGUGCUACCAAGGAAGCAGAGAUUUCUGCACCUUCCAUGGGCUUCUCUUUCAGCACGCAGGAACCUCCGAAAGAUCUUCCCAAGCCUAAAUUUGCGUUUGGUAAUCCUGCAGAAACAACAGAAACCUCGAAGGCAUCAUUUGCAUUUGGUAAACCUCUAGAAACAACGGAACCCCAAAAGCCGUCAUUUGCUUUUGGUAAACCCGCUGAAACAACAGAACUAUCAAAGCCGUCAUUCGCUUUUGGAAAACCUGCCGAAACAUCAGAACCUGCAAAGCCAUCAUUUGCUUUCGGGCAGAGUAUGGCAGACACAUCUGCUCCAAAGCAAACAUUUGGCUUCAUGCCCAACUCCUCAUGCACCCCUGCUUCCUCAAACUCCAUCCCCAGCCUUUUUGGCACUCCCACUACCUCCUCCAAGGCCCCUGCUCCAACCAGUACCUUUAUAUUUGGCCAGAGUUCCUCUUCUGAUGCCACCCCAGCAAAGCCCUUUAUGUUUGGACAGCAGCAGGACAGCCAACCGCCAGCGCCUGUGGCACCGGCUGCCACACCCGCACCGGCACAACCUUUCCAGUUCGGCUCGAACUCGAACUCAUCCGCUCCUGGUUUCGCUUUUGGUGGUGCACCGUCCUCCACGCCGGCCUCUGCUGCUCCUGCCCCUGCUGCCAACCCCUCCCCGUUUGGUUUUGGCUCUGCCGCCCCUUCAUCUGGCUUUGGCUCCGGACAGACACCCGUCUUUGGACAAGGCGCUCCUGCUUUUGGGUCAGCAGCCCCUUCAUUUUCAGCCACAGCCUCCCCAGCCCCUUCCUUCGGAGCAAAGCCAAGUUCUAACCCAGGGUUUGGACAGCAAACCAACCCCACACCAACGUUUGGAUCUACUGCUGCCUCUGCAGGCCAAGGAGGUUUCCAGUUUGGAAGCUCUGGUGGAUUUGUAUCACCAGGGAGCAGCAGUGGUGUGUUUGCUUUUGGGGCAGGGUCAGCAGCUCCAUUGACUCCUGCAGCCAGUCCAGCCAUGCCUACUGUAAAUCCUCCAUCCGGUGGAGGCUUCAGCUUUGUGCAGACCCCUCCUACAUUUAACAUUGGAUUAACUGGGCAGAAUACUGCACAGAAUUCAAUUGCUGGACGCAAAAUCAAAACAGCUGUUCGACGCAGGAAGUAGACAUCGGAAUGGGUUUCUGUUGCUUGCGUUAGGACUGCCUGCUAUUGGGACAAACACUGAAGUACUUAGUAUUUUGAGCAUGGCCCUGUGAUUAAGCUCAUAGUGCCAGACAUUUUGUUUUGCUUUGGAGGUCAUUGAUUUACUGAAUGGUGAACACUGGUCUAAUCAAAGAACCUAACAGAGACUUCAAGCAAAAUAACACGUUACAAUCAAGCAAGAAUUUUAAAAACAGAACAGUAAAUCAUAUGCAUCAUCUGCAUUGUGUGCAGGAUUUGAGUUUUUCUUUUGUGAGUAAAACGGAAACAAGAAUUUAAAUGGUUGCUCUGACGAUAAAGUGUCGACGGAUGGCUAGCGCUUGGGUUGACUUAAUACAGCAGAGACUGAUCUAGUUGCUGAAUUUACAGAGGAGUGUGUUGUAUCUGUGUACUGAAUGAGCUGUGUGUUUUUUCUGUGAGCAGAUUGUGCGUAUGUGUGGUUUCUUUGUAUGUGCUGAAAUGUGUUUGAUGUAAAAACAGUAACCUGUGCGCCUGAAUGCUGUCUGAUGUAGGAAGCAAAAUGAAUGUGUUUUAAGGAGGCGGGGUUACGGCAAGGGCCACACCCCUCCGCUGCAGAGAUUUGCAGGCAAGGAAGAAAAAGAAAGAGUUCUGAAUUUUUCUUCUCCUUAGAUCCUCUCUAGUUCCAGAAUUGUUCACGUUUAUCUUGUACGCUUUAUUUCUUAUAUACUUCCUUUCUUUUUUUUGUCCGCCAUCUCCGUUUGUUACCAACCUCUAUUCCUCUCCUCUAUCUAGCUCUAUCAAUUCUUUUUCUGUCCUUUCAUCUUUCAAUUUGCGCUUCUGAAUUAAUUAAUUGGCCUUUGACUAUAAAAAAUUGUAAAUAGUGACUUUUUUUAAUCUGUGAAGUUUUGUGUUAAACCAGCUUUUUUGUUCAGUGUUCUGUCUUUUAGAAAUUAUUAUGUAAAGCCCUUAAUUCAAAGUUGCCCAAAUCCAUUUUAAAUUAAACUUAAAUGCAAUUGGGGUCCUUUAAAGACUAAAGGAUUAUUGGCUUUUCUGAUCCACUUUUGUUUGGACCAAAACCAGUAUUGUAAAAAGUGUUAAGUAUAUAUUUUUCUAUAACUUGUUUAAAUGGACUAGGGUGACUUUGGAUAGUAAGGACAUCUACUUAAUUUUAAAGCCAUAAUAAUUAUUACUGGCUGAGUGAUAAAUAAAACUAUGGAUUAUUGCCAUCAAUAAAA